AUGGAAGAUGUUCUAGCUGAUGAUGGUGAGCCAUUGAUCUGCAUCCUAGAAAAGAUGUUGCUAGCUCCCCGACAAUCUAGUAACUCUCAAAGCCAUGCUAUAUUUAGAACCCAAUGCACUAUCAAUGGCAAGGUCUGUGAUCUAUUAAUUGACAACGGAUGGACAAAGAAUGUGAUAUCUCGAGCCGUGGUACAAAAUAUGCAAUUGAAUACCUCCAAGAAUCCUAAUCCUUAUAAGAUAAGUUGGGUGAAGAAAGGUAUGGAAAUAAGUGUCACGGAAUCUUACGGAGUGACCUUUUCCAUUGGAAAAAAAUAUGUGUGUGAUGUGUUGUGCGACGUCGUCAAAAUGGAUGUUUGCCAUCUCAUUUUUGGGAGGCCAUGGCAGUUUGAUGUGGGUGCUACUUACGAUUGCAGAGCACAUGUAUAUGCCUUCGAGUGGAAAGGAACCUACUCCUUUUACCAAGAUAUUGCACAUGCUGAAUUACCCACUGGGUUACCGCCUCUCAGCAACAUACAACAUCAGAUUGAUUUACUCACUGGCUCAUCUCUACCUAAUCUCCCCCAUUACAGGCUUAACCCGAAAGAGCAGAAUAUUCUCCAGGGAUUAGUUGAGGAAUUACUGGAAAAACAAUUGAUUCAGAUAAGCAGGAGUCCUUGUGCAGUGCCGACACUCUUAGUUUUGAAGAAAGGUGGAAGUUGGAGAAUGUGUAUCGAUAGCCGAACCAUCAACAAGAUAACGGUCAAAUACAUAUUUCCCAUACCACGUAUUGAAGAAUUGCUUGAUCAACUCACGGAGGAAGGUGUUCAUAUGGAUUCCACAAAGGUAGCUGUGAUCCUGGACUGGCCGACACUGACUACUUUUUUUGAAGUUCAUAGUUUUCUUAGCCUGACUAAUUUUUACCGCAAGUUUAUCAAGAAUUUCAGUUUGCUAAUGGCUCCCGUCACUGAAUGCUUAAAGUCCAAGGAAUUCCGGAGAGGGAAUGAGCAACAAUUAAGCUUUGAAGCAGUUAAAAAGGCUAUUAGUUCAGCCCCAGUGCUUUCUCUUCUGAACUUUGACAAAUUAUUUAUUGUGGACACAAACGCCUCCUCUCUUGGUGUAGGCGCGGUUCUAUCGCAAGAAGGUAAACCAAUUGCCUUUUUCAGUGAGAAAUUAUGUCCGGCUCACCAAAAAUGCGACAACAAAACAUUACAGUAUAUUAAUAGCCAGCGCACGGUGAACCGUAUGCAUGCUCGUUGGGUGAUGUUUUUACAAAGGUUUUCAUUCACAAUUAAGCAUAAACCCGGAUCCAAUAAUAAAAUUGCGGACGCUCUCAGCCGGAAGCGAAUUCUACUCGCAAAGCUACAAACAGAGAUCACGGGGAUGGAGUGCCUUAAAGAAUUGCAUUUUGAAGAUCCUGACUUUGGCAUUAUUUGGAAGCAAUGCCAUGAAGAAAUAGGAGGCUCAGAGUAUAUGAUAAGGCAUGGAUACGUGUUCAAAAAGAAUCUCCUCUGCAUCCCUGUUUCUUCCUGGAGACCUCAACUGACUCAUGAGGCUCACGGUGGAGGUCUAGCUGCACAUUUUGGCAAGGAAAACACACUUCAGCAACUUCAAACUUGUUUCUUUUGGCCCCGAUUGAGGAAAGAUGUAUUUUGCAUGGUGGACAGUUGUCCGAUCUGUCAAGCUUAUAAGGGUGGAGCGUAG